AAAUACAGAGAGAGAGAGCGACUUUGACUGGUAAAUUUUCUGCUCGCCAUAGCCUUCACAGUGGGAAGAAUUUCAGUCAACAAAACCAUUGAAUCUCUCUCUCCACUCUCCUCCCUCAUCAGCUUAAAAAUGCCCAAAUCCCCAUUUCUCCUCCCCCACUUUUCUUCUUCUUCUACAUACCCACCACAGCAAGAACAACAAGAACAACGACCCUGAAAUCAGACAUCGCAAAUGGGGUUCUCCAAGGAAGAGAAAUCGAAGACUCUGUUGAGGGGUCUAAAGACCCUGUUCUUCUUGAUCACCAUGUUGAUUUCCCUCCUCCUUUUCUCCGCCCCUGUUCUUCUCGUCAUCGCCGACGCCCUUCUCCCCUCUGCUCUUCUCUCCGCUUCUCUUUACCCUUACUCCCUCUCCCUCAAAUCCCUCCCUUCCCAUCUCUCCCACUACGAUUUCCGCUCUUCCCUCAUCGACAUCCCCCUGAUUUCGCUCCUGAGGUCCGCCAUCAUCAUCUGUGUUUAUAGCUUCUGCGAUGGGCCGAGGCUCUCGCGGGGGCCGUACUUGGGGAUCACCACGUUUUGCUCUGUGGCUUCGUUGGUGUUUGUUUCGUUGAAGGCUUCGUUUGUGUUUGGUGGGGAUUUGUGGGAUGUUCGUCGAGGGGGAGGAUAUGCGAGAGGCUUGGAGGUGGCUCUGUUUAUGUGCUCUCUGGGUUUGGCUGUGGGGCAUGUUGCUGUGGCCUAUAGGACCAGUUGCAGAGAGAGGAGGAAGCUCCUGGUUUACAAGAUUGAUAUUGAAGCGGUUUCAGCUUGCAAGAGUGGCUUCCCCAGGUACCAAAAGAUUCUACAGCAGGAAAGGGUGAAGUAAAACACCAUCCAAGGAGAUCAAAACUUGUUUUCAUCUAACCUAUUUCACCCCGGUCUUCAGGUUUCAGAUUUCUAGAAAAUAACUUGAAAUCAAUGGACCUGCAGAUUCUGGAGGUGCAAAGCUAACUAAAACUCUGGUGCUGUCUGUAAAUUUGCUGGUUGUGUCACAAUAUGGAUAUAGAAACAUACAAUUUUGCCUCAUAUUUAACCAUCAAGUUUAUCUGAUGUAAAAUGUAUAGUUUGGAUCUAAGCACGAAAUGGUAUAGAGCCUUGUGAUCUUAUGAUGUUCA